AAGCAUAUGUGUAAGUUCAUCACUCAAUAUCGACUACACCAGGCCGUAAAACCCAAAGACCCAAUUUCUUCUUCCUCUCGACGUCGCCGUCGCCGUCGCCGUCGCCGCUCUUCCUCCCCUAGCUGAAAUUCCUGACCCAAAAACUUUGCUUCCCUCGUUUUCACCAUUGUACAUGCGUUUUAGGACGCAGAGAUGACGCAAUUGCUGUGGUUGAUCCUUUUAGCUGGUUAUCUUUGCCACUUUGCGUUAGCUGAUCAGAUCUUCCCAGCUCAAUUAGGUGGAACAUUUAGUCGCAACUCUCGUGGGCCAAAAUACAAUAUUGAAUUCCAUCAACAAGACUCUCCUUACAAUCCUGAUGAAGACCAGGAAUCUGUGUUUAUGCCCAAUAAAAAUGGAAAGAAUUACUUGUGUUACUUGCCUAAGGUGGAGAAGUCCAAGAGCGGAAAACCAUCUAUUCAACUGAACAUGAGUAGCAUGAUUGUGGAAUCUGAGAAGCGAGUCAAAUUGAAGACUCCAGACGAGCUGCUUGAGGCAUUGAAAGAGCAAUGCUUUGUCAGGCAAGAGGGUUGGUGGACAUAUGAAUUUUGUUACCAGAAAACACUAAGACAAUUUCAUUUGGAGGAUGAAAAGGUAGUUCAGGAGUUUAUAUUGGGCGUCUAUGAUGCAGAGGCAACUGCUAAACUCAAUGAGAAUCUCUCUGAUAUAUCUACUUUGAAGGAUCCUCGCUCAAAAGAUGCAUCCCAAAGGUAUCAUGCCCAUCACUACACAAAUGGAACCAUGUGCGACCUCACAAACCAACCACGAGAAACUGAGGUUAGAUUUGUUUGCUCAGAACCGCCCAGAGCCAUGAUCAAUUCUAUCACAGAACUAUCAACGUGUAAGUAUGCACUUACGGUGCGAUGCCCGACACUUUGCAAGCAUAUGUUAUUUGAAGAAGAGAGACCAGUGUGGUACAUCAUUAACUGCAAUGAGCUUCCGGAUGAUUACAAGGAAACAGAGCGGAGUGAAGAAUCAACAGAUGAGAUUGUCAUGGUUACUGACAUCAAAUAUCCAAAAAAUGAAUCUGAAGAUUAAUGUGAAUAUUUUAUUUAUAUCAUAGAAGUUUUAUCAACCAAACUAACCUUACAAACAAAGCUUUUUCCUCUGUAGAUUUUUUUUUUCUUUUUCAUUCAAAUUAUAUAAUUGCUGUGAAGAUCAAUCCAUCGAUUUUCAAGCCCCACGAGUCCACGACGAAAAAUUCCCGCGUGAAUUGUUGUAUCAGUUGGUCAUAUUUGAGGUCAACCUGAAAGCUACUGAUAUGGCAGUUUUAUGGGAUUUAUUGAUUUUGUCAAACGAUUCGACUUCUGUAGGGAAAAAGUUUGAAUUGGUAAA